AUGGAGGAGACGAGGAAGUUCGUGUGCAAGUUCUGCAGCAAGAGGUUCCCUAGUGGCAAGUCUCUGGGCGGUCACAUUAGAACUCACCUGAAUCAACAUUCAAGCAAUAAGACCAUUACUGCUAACAAUCCAGGCAAGUUCGGGAUCAGUAACAAUGGGUUGAUGCUGCAAGAAAAAGAAGAGGAAGGAGAGAGAUUUAAGCUCAGAUUAUGGCCUCAGAGAGAAUCCCAGAACGACAAAGAGAGAAUGUGGGAAAGGAUUCCCUUCUUUGAAGCUCUAUGUGGUCACAUGGCUUGUCACUCUGAGAAAGAGAAGCAGAAAUUGGCAAUCAUGGAUUCUCAAUCUGAUACUGAAGCUUCUGAUCUAGAAGAUUUCAAGAGAACCAGGUUCAUGACCCUUAACAAUAAUCAAAGUAACCUAACUUCUUCUUCUUUGUCAGAGGUUGAACAAGAAGAAGAUGAUGAUGAUGAUGGAGAAGUCAAGAAUAAGAACUCUGUCUAUAAUGCUUCUCAGCUUGUGAAGGUGGGAAAGGACAAGAUGAAGUCGAAGUUUUCAGAUUCUGGGUGUUCUAGAAAUGGUUCCAAAAAGGAAGAUUCAAAUAUUUCAAUUGAUGGGGUUUUCAGGAAUGAUGGUUUUAAUCGACCAAAAGUGGAAGAUGAAUAUGGAUUUAAGAUGAUUGCCAAACAUGAAAAUCUUAGUCACAAUUUGGAUGAAGUUUCCUGCAAGAAGAAGAAAAAAAGUUUUCCUAAUGAUGAAGACUACAACAAAGACUCAUAUGAUUCAGAAUCUUAUGCAAGUGCUGAGAAAAGCACAGACACUGACUCUGAUUCUUUUCCUUAUUCUUAUCAGAAGCCAAAGAGCAGCAAGAGUAGUAACACAAGGCCAAGAAGAAGUGAUGAGAAAUCAAAGAAAACAAAGGAGCAUGAGUGUCCCAUCUGUAACAAAACUUUCAGGUCAGGCCAAGCCUUGGGAGGUCACAAAAGGUCCCAUUUUAUUGGGGAUUUGAAGAGAACCACAACAACACCACUGGAAUAG